CGCCGCGCUUGCGUGUGCUUGUCGAGGGGCACCGAUUGCUGCAUCCUCUUUUGUUUGAAAGCUGGAAACAGCUAGUGCACAGCCGAGGCCACGAAGAGAAGAUGCGCGUCUUCGCUCUUUCCUUAUGCCUGCUGACUGGCACUGCACUCGCACCACCCCAGCGCCGGCUCGGGAAAGUGACGGCGCAGCGAUCUGCCGCCGGUGAACCAGCACCGCAGCCGUACGCCCUCGACGACGCGCGGCCGCGGUCCGCCGCGGCGCUGGCCGCGCUCGCGACGGCCGCGGCGCCGCUCGCGUGCUACGCCGCCGCGCCGGCCUGGGUCGAGCCCGUGUCGAACGUUUUAGAUCCGUGCUUCUUCAUCAUCCAGUUCAUCAUGCUGCUGCGCGUCAUCAUCAGCUGGUUCCCCGAGACGGACGUGAACGAAAUGCCGUGGGUGCUCGUCUGCGCGCCGACCGAGGGGCUGCUCAAAAUUACCAGAGAUAUCGUGCCGCCGUCGUUCGGCGUCGACAUCAGUCCCGUCGUCUGGAUCGCCGUCGCCUCGUUCCUGCGGGAGAUCCUGCUCGGGCAGCAGGGCAUCCUCGUGCUCAUGGCGCAGGGGCGCAUGUAGCGCGGUGGCGCGCGGCGUCCUUGGUCUUCGUCGGAACGCGUCCCACUGCCACGGACCGCCUCUAGACAGAAUGGAGCGCGGCGCCGCCACGGGGUUUAAACUGCGGAGAGCACGGUCGCGCGCCCGCUCGUGCUGGCUCAAAAGGGGUUCGCUACGCUCUCGGACGCGCGCACACCCGCGCAGGUCUCUUCGCAGCCGGUACGUCGUGUGAGUAAUUUCUAG